AUGGCACCCCUGCUCCCUCCCACAGGCGCUGAUGCGUUCCGCCGCUUCACCCCGGAAUCCCUGGCAGAGAUCGAGAGGCUCAUGGAGGAAAAGCGAAUAGCCGCGGAAGUAGAAGGGUACGUAGAUGAUGGGCCGUCGGAGCCCAGCAAAGACCUGGAAGCCGGCAAGGGUCUGCCCAUGAUCUUUGGAGACGCCCCAACGGAGAUGCUCAACACACCUCUGGAGGACAUAGACCCCUUCUACAAAGCAAAGAAGACCUUUAUCGUCAUCACCAAAGGAAACACAAUCUUCAGCAUGUUCAUCAUGAUUACCAUUCUGUCGAACUGCUUUUUUAUGACGAUGAGCGACCCACCGUCAUGGAGUAAAACUGUGGAGUAUGUUUUUACUGGUAUUUAUACAUUUGAGGCCUCAUGCAAAGUGUUGUCAAGAGGCUUUGUUGUCGGACCUUUUACAUUCCUUCGAGAUCCAUGGAAUUGGCUGGAUUUCAUGGUGAUCAGCAUGGCGUACGUCACAGAGUUUGUUGAUCUAGGAAACGUGUCAGCCCUUAGGACGUUCCGUGUACUCCGAGCCCUUAAAACAAUCACUGUGAUACCUGGAUUAAAAACCAUCGUGGGCGCCCUGGUCCAGUCUGUAAAGAAAAUGGUAGACGUGAUGAUCCUCACUGUGUUCGCCCUGGCCGUGUUUGCACUCAUCGGCCUGCAACUCUUCAUGGGAAAUUUGCGCAACAAGUGUGUCCGAUGGCCCAUCCUCAACUCAACGGUGUUCGACGAUUACAACUCCACCUCGUCGCUUGACGGCACCAUGGGUUUCGGCGAAACAUCAAAUUUCACUGUUCCUUUCGAUUUCAAGGAGUACAUCAGCAAUAUAGAGAAUCACUACUAUUUGGAAGGUAGUCUGGAUGCUCUUCUCUGCGGAAACAGCUCUGAUGCUGGGAGGUGCCCAGAAGGAUUCAUGUGCAUAAAGGCUGGGAGAAACCCCAACUACGGCUACACCAGCUACGACUCCUUCGGCUGGGCCUUCUUGUCCCUCUUCAGACUCAUGACGCAGGACUACUGGGAGAACCUGUUCCAACUGACACUUCGAGCAGCGGGGAAGACGUACAUGAUCUUCUUUGUGCUGGUCAUCUUCCUGGGUUCCUUCUACCUCAUCAACCUCAUCCUGGCCGUGGUUGCCAUGGCCUACGAUGAGCAGAACGAGGCCACUCUGAAAGAGGCGCAGGAUAUGGAGGAGGAGUUUCAGAGGCUUCUGGAGCAAUACAGGAUCCAAGAGCAAGCUGAUGCUGCUGCUGGAAGUCAGGCGACCCUGACCAGUCGGAAAGAGCUUAGUCAUCACUCUGGGUCAUACGGGGGCUCUGCGGAUGACGAGCAGAGCCUCGGAGAUGAUGUUAUCAAGGACUGUAAUGGGAGAAUCGUGCCCCGUCUGGCCAUCGUACCAGUGUCCUCUGAGUCGGAGGUCAGUGACGAGCUCAAAGAGGACAGCAUGUUCCAUCUGGAGCAGCCAGGCCUGAAGAACAGAUCGGCGAGUGCUGUUAGUGUUCUCACCACCGUCAUGGAGGAGCUGGAAGACGCCCAGAAGCCUUGUCCGCCCGGCUGGUACAAGUUUGCCGACACGUUCCUGAAGUGGGACUGUUGCGUGCCCUGGGUAUGGUUGAAGAAGUGGUUGCUCUUUAUUGUGAUGGACCCCUUCGUGGACCUAGGCAUCACCAUCUGCAUCGUGCUCAACACCCUCUUCAUGGCCAUGGAGCACUACCCCAUGAGCCCAGAGUUUGACCACAUGCUCUCCGUGGGGAACCUGGUUUUCACCGGGAUCUUCACAGCAGAGAUGGUCUUCAAGCUUUGCGCCAUGGAUCCCUACUACUACUUCCAGGUCGGCUGGAACAUUUUCGACAGUAUCAUUGUCACGUUCAGUCUGGUGGAGUUAGGUCUAGCCAAUGUCCAAGGCCUGUCCGUUCUCAGGUCUUUCCGUUUGCUGCGUGUCUUCAAACUAGCCAAGUCGUGGCCCACGCUCAACAUGCUGAUCAAGAUUAUUGGCAACUCUGUGGGCGCUCUGGGCAACCUGACCUUGGUGCUGGCCAUCAUCGUCUUCAUCUUCGCCGUGGUGGGCAUGCAGCUCUUCGGCAAGAGCUACAAGGAAUGCGUGUGUAAGAUUGCCACCGACUGUGAGUUGCCGCGUUGGCACAUGCACGACUUCUUCCACUCAUUCCUCAUCGUGUUUCGCAUCCUGUGCGGGGAGUGGAUCGAGACCAUGUGGGACUGUAUGGAGGUGGCCGGAGCCGGGAUGUGCCUGGUGGUCUUCAUGAUGGUCAUGGUCAUCGGAAACCUGGUGGUGCUGAACCUCUUCCUGGCCUUGCUGCUCAGCUCAUUCAGUGGAGACAACCUGUCCAGUGAUGACGACGGUGAGAUGAACAACCUCCAGAUCGCCAUCGGCAGGAUCAACUGGGGCAUCGACUGGGUGAAAGCCUUUGUCCGCCACAUGGUCCUGCAGCUACUGGGCAAAAAAGCCACCGGGGACAAGGAAGGGGGUGAGGGGAUCGAAGGAAACCCCGAAAAGGAGACCUUUGGACUAAACCACUUAGACACGUGCCAGGAUUCCAAGAUGGCCGACGGGAUGACCAACUGUGUGGACGGGCUUCAGGCAGACGGCGAGAUGAGCCUCAAUGUGCCCAUUGCCCAGGGGGAGCCGGACUUUGAGAACGAUGAUGAUGACAGUGGGUCUUUUACAUCAGAUGAAGAAAAUGGACAUGGUGAUCACGUAAAGUUGUUGGGUGCAGUGGGUGACGAGUCCUCGGUCUGCAGCACGCUGGACUAUGUACCUGAACCAGAGCCUGUGGAAGAGGAGGAAGAGGAGGAGCCAGAGCCAGAGGAACCAGAAGCUUGCUUCACUGAUGGCUGUAUCGCGCGAUGGCCGUGUCUGACAUUUGACGUCUCUCAGGGCAGAGGCAAGAAGUGGUGGAACCUCCGCAGGACCUGUUUCACCAUCGUGGAACACGACUACUUUGAGACCUUCAUAGUCUUCAUGAUCCUCCUAAGCAGUGGAGCUCUGGCUUUUGAGGAUAUUUACAUUGAGAGGCGAAGAACUAUCAAAAUCAUCCUGGAGUAUGCAGACAAAGUCUUCACCUAUGUCUUUAUCAUUGAGAUGCUCUUAAAAUGGGUGGCGUACGGCUUCAAGACCUACUUCACCAACGCUUGGUGUUGGCUGGACUUCCUAAUUGUGGAUGUUUCCUUAGUCACUUUAGGAGCUAACUGGAUGGGCUACUCUGAACUUGGACCAAUCAAGUCUCUUCGAACACUCAGGGCUCUAAGGCCACUUCGAGCCCUGUCAAGAUUUGAGGGAAUGAGGGUGGUGGUAAACGCUCUUAUCGGCGCCAUCCCCUCCAUCUUCAACGUGCUGCUGGUGUGCCUCAUCUUCUGGCUCAUCUUCAGCAUCAUGGGGGUCAACCUGUUUGCCGGAAAGUUCUACCGCUGCAUCAACACCACCACGGAGGAGCUGUUCCCCAUCACCGAGGUCAACAACAGGAGCGACUGCCUUGCCCUGCAGCACGCCACCCAGGAAGCCCGCUGGGUCAACGUCAAAGUCAACUACGACAACGUGGGCUUGGGCUACCUCUCUCUGCUGCAAGUGGCCACAUUUAAAGGCUGGAUGGACAUCAUGUAUGCUGCAGUGGACUCUCGAGAAGUGGAGGAGCAGCCCUCGUAUGAGAUCAACCUCUACAUGUACAUCUACUUUGUCAUCUUCAUCAUCUUCGGCUCCUUCUUCACCCUCAAUCUUUUCAUUGGUGUUAUUAUUGACAAUUUCAACCAGCAAAAGAAAAAGAUAAGCGCCAUCUUUAUGACAGAGGAGCAGAAGAAAUAUCAUGAAGCCAUGAAGAAACUUGGCUCGAAGAAGCCAGUGAAGCCUAUCCCAAGGCCUACGAACAUGAUUCAAGGCGCUGUGUUUGACUUCAUCACUCAGCAGUUCUUUGACAUCUUCAUCAUGGUCCUCAUCUGCCUCAACAUGGUCACCAUGAUGGUGGAGACGGACGACCAAAGCGAGGAGAAGGAAAACGUCCUUUACAAGAUCAACCUGGCCUUCAUCGUAGUUUUCACCUGCGAGUGUCUGCUCAAGAUGUUUGCCCUUCGCCAUUACUUCUUCACCAUCGGAUGGAAUAUUUUUGAUUUUGUCGUGGUCAUCCUGUCCGUCGCGGGUAUAAUGCUGUCGGACAUCAUAGAGAAGUACUUUGUGUCACCCACCUUGUUCAGGGUCAUCAGGCUGGCUAGGAUAGGCAGGGUCCUGCGUCUCAUCAAAGGUGCCAAGGGCAUUCGGACGCUGUUAUUUGCGUUGAUGAUGUCACUCCCUGCCCUGUUCAACAUCGGCCUCCUGCUCUUCCUCAUCAUGUUCAUCUUCUCCAUAUUCGGCAUGUCCAACUUUGCCUAUGUCAAAAAACAGGCGGGCAUCGACGACAUCUUCAAUUUCCAGACGUUCGGCAGCAGUAUUAUCUGCCUGUUUGAGAUCACCACCUCUGCGGGUUGGGAUGGUCUUCUGCUGCCAAUUCUAAACAGCGGUCCUCCAGACUGCGACCCAGACAUUGAGAACCCGGGCUCGGACGUUCGGGGCAACUGCGGCAACCCAGGCAUGGGUAUCAUGUUCUUCUGCAGUUACAUCAUCAUGUCCUUCCUGGUGGUGGUCAACAUGUACAUCGCCAUCAUCCUGGAGAACUUCAACACGGCCCAAGAGGAGAGCGGGGACCUGCUGUGCGAGGAUGACUUUGUGAUGUUCGAAGAGACCUGGGAGAAGUUCGACCUUGAGGGCACGCAGUUCAUCGAAUACGCCAAGCUGUCAGAGUUUUGUGACACCCUGCAGGAACCCCUGCGUAUCGCCAAGCCCAACCGGAUCAAGCUGAUCUCGAUGGACCUGCCCCUGGUCACGGGCGAUAAGAUUCACUGCCUGGACAUCCUGCUGGCCGUCACCCAGGAGGUGCUGGGCGAAGGGGUGGAGAUGACGGCCAUGAAGGUGAGCAUCGAGGCCAAGUUCAACAUGAACAACCCCACGACAGACUCCUACGAGCCCAUCACCACCACGCUGCGGCGCAAGGAGGAGGAGGCAGCAGCCGUGAUCAUCCAGCGGGCUUACCGCAAGCACCUGCUCAAGCGCUCAAUCCUGCAUGCCUCCUUCAUGCGCCGCUCCAAGAGGCAGAUAAGGCGGGAGGAGAACGAGGAGCCCCCGGAGACGGAGGGACUUCUGGUGCGAAAGAUGAACGUGCUCUAUGGGAGCGACCUGGACCUUGCCGCAGAGAUGGAAUUGGCUGGGUUGCGAGCACAACCCAUAUCGGUCCCUUUGGUGUCCAAUCGGCCAUCGGACCUUCCCAAGCAAACACAGACCACCAGGCCGGAGCCUGGCAGACCACUCCUCUUGGUGGUCCCCGUUGAGGUCACCAGUGAGGUGGUGUUACACUCAGCCCCUGUGACGUCUGAUCCACCAUUGGACCUCCCAGAGCAAACACAACCAUCAGGGUCGGAGCCCACAGGGCUGGAACCUACCUGGCCGGAGCCUGCUGGGCCAAACCUCUUGGUGUUCCCCGUAGAGGUCACCCCCUAUUCGCGUAGCCAUGAGUCAAUAGACAACCUGCGAGAGUCGAUUGUAUAA